UCGCAACCUGCAGCCCGGGAGGGGAAAUUGCCCCGGGGAGCACUGUUGUCAGUGGGGACUGUCCUGGCUGUGCUCCUGCUGUCACCCGCUGACUGUCCUCUCCAAGAUGCAGUAUCUGGACCCCGAGGGGCUCCUGGGCGAGGAAGAGGAUGAUAUUUUUGGUGAAGGACUACCAGCCAGACUCCCAGAAAUCAUGUUGGUAGGAUCUCAGUCCUUCUCGCCUGGGGGGCCCAAUGGGAUCAUCAGAAGCCAGUCCUUCGCGGGGUUCAGCGGCCUUCAGGAGAGACGGUCCAGAUGUAACUCUUUCAUCGAAAAUCCCUCCGCUGUCAAGAAGCCUCAGGCCAAACUGAAGAAAAUGCACAAUUUAGGACAUAAAAACAACAGCCCUCCCAAAGAGCCUCAGCCCCAGAGGGUGGAAGAGGUCGUCAGAGCCUUGAAAAACGGACUUGAUGAAUAUCUGGAGGUUCACCAGACAGAGCUGGACAAGCUGACAGCUCAGUUAAAAGAUAUGAGAAGAAACUCUCGCCUGGGUGUGCUGUAUGACCUAGACAAGCAAAUUAAAACGAUUGAAAGAUACAUGAGACGCCUGGAGUUCCACAUCAGUAAGGUCGACGAGCUCUACGAGGCCUACUGUAUCCAGAGCCGUCUCCAAGACGGCGCCAGCAAGAUGAAGCAAGCCUUCUCGGCCUCGCCCUCCAGCAGAGCGGCCCGCGAGAGCCUGUCGGAGAUCGGCCGCAGCUACAGGGAGUACACGGAGAAUAUGUGCACCAUCGAGGCAGAGCUGGAGAGCCUGCUGGGGGAGUUCUCCAUCAAGAUGAAAGGUCUGGCUGGUUUUGCUCGCCUCUGUCCUGGAGAUCAAUACGAAAUUUUCAUGAAGUACGGUCGACAGAGGUGGAAACUGAAAGGCAAGAUAGAAGCCAACGGCAAGCAGAGCUGGGAUGGGGAGGAAGUGGUGUUCCUGCCCCUGAUCGUGGGGUUCAUCUCCAUCAAGGUCACAGAACUCAAAGGGCUCGCCACGCACCUGCUGGUCGGCAGCGUGACCUGCGAGACCAAAGAGCUGUUUGCCGCCCGACCUCAGGUGGUGGCCGUUGACAUCAACGACCUCGGCACCAUCAAACUGAGCCUGGAGAUCACCUGGUACCCAUUCGACGUGGAGGACAUGACCACGUCCUCGGGCGCUGGGAACAAGGCGGCAGCCCUCCAGAGGAGAAUGUCCAUGUACAGCCAGGGCACCCCGGAGACACCCACUUUGAAGGAUCACUCCUUCUUCUCUAAUCUACCUGAUGACGUCUUUGAACACGGAAAGGCAGCUGAGGAGAAAACGCCCCUGUCUCUCAGCUUCAGUAACCUGUCCAACGGGGACUGUGCCCUCACCCCCAACCCGGCCGGCUCUCUGUCCACCACGGGCUCAGCAAAUCCAGAAAUUACCAUCACCCCUGCAGAGCUGGACCACAGCAGCCUGGCCUCCCAGAACGAGGGCACGGAUGACUCCGGCUCAGCGUCUUCCAGAAACUCCUCCAGAGAAGGCCACGAGCCAGAGCCACACGCGGAGGAGGACGCGGACGGGCCCCAGCCCCCCGAGGCGGGUGCCGGCACAGAGCACCUGUUCCUGGAGAAGGCCGUGGCCGAGGCGCUCCUGCGGCAGUCCGACGAGGCCUCUGAGCUCAAGCCCGUGGAGCUGGACACUUUUGAAGGAAACGUCACGAAGCAGCUGGUCAAGAGGCUCACCUCGGCAGAGGCGCCGGUGGCCACAGAUAAGCUGCUCUUUGAGGGCUCUGUCCGCGGAGAGUCCGAAGGCUGUCGCUCCUUCCUCGACGGAAGCUUAGAGGAUGCGCUCAGCGGGCUUUUCCUUGCGCUAGAGCCACACAAGGAACAGUACAGAGAGUUUCAGGAUUUGAACCAAGAAGUCAUGCAUCUGGAUGACAUCCUGAAAUGCAAGCCGGCCGGAAGCCGCAGCCGGUCUUCCAGUUUAAGUCUUACCGUUGAAAGGGCUUUAGAAAGCUUUGAUUUCCUGAACACCUCUGAUUUUGACGAGGAGGAGGACGGUGAUGAGGUUUGUAAUGUUGGCGGAGGCGCGGACUCAGUAUUUUCCGACACUGAGACUGAGACUGAGAAGAAUAGCACUUACAGAUCAGUACACCCCGAAGCCAGGGGGCACCUUAGCGAAGCGUUGACGGAAGACACAGGAGUCGGGACUAGUGUGGCCGGAAGCCCUCUGCCGCUGACCACAGGAAAUGAAAGCCUGGACAUCACCAUCGUCAGGCACCUUCAGUACUGCACCCAGCUCGUUCAGCAAAUUGUUUUCUCAAGCAAAACCCCAUUCGUGGCGAGCAAUCUCUUAGAGAAGCUGUCCAGGCAAAUCCAGGUGGUAGAGAAACUGUCAGCGGUCAGCGAUGAGAACAUAGGGAACAUGAGCUCCGUCAUUGAAGCCAUCCCAGAAUUUCACAAAAAGCUAUCUUUGCUGUCCUUCUGGACCAAGUGCUGCAGCCCAGUCGGUGUCUACCACAGCUCAGCCGACCGAGUGAUGAAGCAGCUAGAAGCCAGCUUUGCCAGAACCAUCAACAGAGAAUACCCAGGCCUUGCAGACCCAGUGUUCCGAACCCUGGUCUCCCAAAUCCUGGACCGGGCUGAGCCUCUCCUCCCCUCCAGCCUCCCUUUGGAAGUCAUCACUGUUUUCCAGUAUUACGGUUACUUUACCAGCCACGGUGUGAGCGACCUUGAGAGUUACGUGAACCAGCUGGCCCAGCAAGUUUCCUUGAUUCAGACUCUGCAAUCGCUGAGAGAUGAGAAACUGCUCCAGGCCAUGAGCGACCUUGCACCCAGCAGCCUCCCGGCCCAGCAGGAAGUACUCAGGACGCUGGCUCUGCUGCUCACGGGGGAUGACAGCCAAGUGAGCCAGGCCGUGAUGCUUCACCUGGCCGCAGCCUCCAGAAACGAGCAUUUCAGGGAAAAGGCCUUGCUUUAUUACUGUGAAGUGCUGACAAAGGCAAACCUCCAGCUCCAGAAGGCAGCUUGUCUGGCCCUGAAAAGCCUACAGGCCACCGAAAGCAUUAAAAUGCUGGUGACGUUGUGUCAGUCCGACACUGAAGAAAUCAGAAACGUGGCCUCAGAGACCCUCUUGUCUCUCGGGGAAGAUGGGCGGCUGGCGUACGAGCAGCUGGACAAAUUUCCUCGAGACUGUGUUAACGUUGGAGGGCGCCACAGGACUGAAGUCGCUACGGCUUUUUGACGACCUCGCCCGUACAGCCGUACAGCCGUCUGACUAACCGGCCCUGCUCAGCAAGGUGGUCCCGGGACUGAGCUGGAAGGCUCACCACCUGAAGCCUUCUGCUGAGGUUGUCUGGAAAGUCAACGUGUUAUAGACAGAAUUCAAAAUCCAGUUUCACAGGACGUAGCUACUUUUCCCUCGGCCAAUAGAAUCGGGCUGUGUGUUACUCUGUCGAUGAUGUUGUCGAUUGCGUCCGACAGUACUUAGUAAAACAGUCCAUCUUAUCGCAUAUGUAUGGAAUUUUAAAACAGCCAUCUCUGUACUUUUUCGGAAGGUCUGUAAGCCUCAAAUAGUCACGUGAUGCUUUGAAGACUAUACUAUGCCUUGCAGUUUUUCUCCGUCGUGUUCUCAGGGUUGCGUGGCCCCCUUCACUCCCUAAUUUCACCUUGAUGCAAAGCACAAAAAAGAAUUUCUUCAAAUAAAAGUUUGCCUGCAGAACUUGGUAAAAUGACACAUUGUAAGAGUUUAAUUUUCCUUUUAAUUUCAUUUUUCUCAAGUCUCCACUACUUUUGUUUCUUUUCUCCAUCCUGAAAAUCCCAAAAGCAUGUUUGCGUGGUCAAAAGACAGGUGGAUGCCUAAGAGCUACCUUAUUAAGAUUGUACCUGGACUCCUUAAAACAACACAUUCAAAGGUUAAGCUUUUCUAAACAAGAGCCAUUUUUUUAUACUUUUACAAUAGAGGUAUUUUGCUGCUACGACAAAUCAAAACCAAAAGUCAUGGAUUCAGAAAGCUGUGAUGCUCUUUGAAGUAGGAGGACUUGGAAGUUGGAGGACUCUUAAUGGGGUGGGAGCAGAAGGACGUUCCAAGGGGUCCUUGCUUCUACAGGAAUUACCAUGACGUUAGGAAGAAGUGAAUGCCCCGAGGGACCGUUACUGCCCCCAGAGAAAUCAUUCAUCACUGGGUGGGAUCUCAUGGCCAAAUCGUUAAAAUAACAGCUUCCCUUAUGGCUUCCCUAUCAGGGUACCAAGUCCACUAAAUAAAUGACAAGACCACUCAACAGCUUUUCUUCCUCUUAAGAGUAUACAAGAUCAGAUAUGCCAAGAUCUCCAAAUAAUAUGUGUGAAUGUUAUUUAAACGGUGGAGUACGAACUGUCUUCUGGAUGUUUUUGUAGAAAAUAUCAUUUAAGUGUCGUUUUAAAUAGUUACAUUUUAGCAAGACCUUUAAAAACAACUCGUAUUCCAUUUUAAAGUAAAAAUUGUUGGGGUGCCUGGCUGGCUCAGUUGGUAGAAUGUGUGACUCGAUCUCAGAGUCAUGAGUUCGAGCCCCGCACUGGGCGUAGAGCCUACUUAAAGUUUAAAAAAAAAAAAAAAGUAAACAUUGCUUGCCAGGCUUCCUGGCAAAUAGUUCUUUCAACUGUGAAGUUAUAAUGUGUAUAUAUAUUUGUAUAUUUAUAAAUAUUAUAUAUAUGCAUAUAUCCUUCAUUUUAAAGGUAUAUUGUACAGUCUGUAGUUAGUACGUAUGGUCUAUAGUCUAUGUUAAAUGGUUGAAAUGAUUCUUUUUAUAGAAAGUCAGAUCACAAAUGUUACAAAGUUUUCUGUUUGGUUUGUUGGUUUUUUUCCCUAAUUUUUUGAAUAUUGCAUGAGUAAUUCCAUUAUCUUUUUUAUUCAUUUCUGCGUUUUAUUUUUGCUCAAAGGGGGUGCUUUAGUUUUGUGGCAUUUGUAUCCAUCACUGUUUCAAUCAUGUAAGUUAAAAUAAAAAUUAUUUUUGAAUUA